AUGAACGGCGACGCUUCUCCUGACGUCCUGGCCGCCCGCGGCACCGAGCCGGCCACGGUCCCCGAGACCACCAAGGCCGCGCCGGAGGCCAGCUCUCCGCCCGGGCCCCAGGCCGGGAGCGUGGCCGGGGUGCUGGUGGAGGCCUCUGGCCGGGCCCUGAGCCUCUACGCGGCGAUGAAGCAGGGCCUGCUGCCCGCCGGGCUCGGGCUGGCUCUGCUGGAGGCCCAGGCCGCCACCGGGGGCCUCGUGGACCCUGCGCAGGGCCAGCCGCUGCCCGUGUCUGCGGCCCUGCAGCGGGGCCUGGUGGGCCUGGAGCUGCGCGAGAAGCUGCUGGCCGCCGAGCGGGCGGUCACCGGCUACGCUGACCCCUACGGGGGCGAGAAGCUGCCCCUCUUCCAGGCCAUCGGGAAGGAGGUCGUACCCCGGGCCCUGGGGUGGGACUGGCUGGAGGCCCAGCUGGCCACGGGCGGCCUGGUGGACCCCACCCGGGGGGUGCGGGUGGCCCCGGAGCCGGCCUGUCAGCAGGGCCUCCUGGACCGGGAGACGCAGCGCGGCCUGGCGGAGCGCGCCCCGGGCUUCCUGGACCCCAACACGCUGGAGCGGCUGAGCUACCGCGAGCUGCUGGGCAGGUGCGUGCCGGCCCCCGGCACGGGGCUGGCACUGCUGCCGCUCAAGACCACCUUCCGCACGCUGAGCGGGGCGGCCAGCGCGGCGGAGCUGCUGGAGGCGGGGGUCCUGGACGAGGAGACGGCCCGGGGCCUGCGGGAGGGCCGGCUGGCGGUGCCCGACGUGAGCGCGCGCCCCCAGGUGCAGCGCUACCUGCAGGGCACGGGGGCCGUGGCGGGGGCCGUCCUGCUGCCCGCCGGCCGCAAGAAGAGCUUCUUCCAGGCCGCGGCCGAGCACCUGCUCCCGAUGGGCGCCGCGCUCCCGCUGCUCGAGGCCCAGGCCGCCACGGGCACGCUGGUGGACCCGGCCAGCGGCCAGCGGCUGAGCGUGGACGAGGCGGUCCGGGCGGGCCUGGUGGGCCCCGAGCUGCACGCGCAGCUCCUGGAGGCCGAGCAGGCGGUGGCGGGGUUUCCCGACCCCUUCGGCGGUGCCCGCCUCCCCCUCUUCCAGGCCAUGAAGAAGGGGCUGGUGGACGAAGCCCUGGCGCUGCGGCUGCUGGACGCGCAGCUGGCCACGGGCGGGCUGGUGUGUCCGGCCCGCAGGCUGCGGCUGCCCCUGGAGGCCGCCCUGCGCUUCGCCUGCCUGGACGGGGAGACGCAGGGGCAGCUCUCGCGGGCCGCGGCCUUCUCGGACCCCGGCACGCGGGAGAGCCUCAGCUACGGGCAGCUGCUGGCCCGCUGCGUCACCGACCCCGAGACCGGGCUGGCCUUCCUGCCCCUCCCCGGGGCGGCCCUGGGGGAGGAGCCCCGGGGACUCCCGUUCAUUGAGCACAGCACCCGGCAGGCCCUGAGCGCGGCCACCACCACCGUCUCCGCCGGCAAGUUCCAGGGCCGGCCCGUGUCGCUGUGGGAGCUGCUCUUCUCCGAGGCCGUGCCCGCGGGGCAGAGGGCAGCGCUGGCCCAGCAGCACCGGGCGGGGGCCCUGUCCACGGAGGAGCUGGCCGCGGUGCUGAGGGCCACCCUGGAGCAGGCCGCGGCCGCUGCCAAGACCACCUUCUCGGGGCUGCGGGUCCCCGUGACGCCAGGGGAGCUGCUGAAGGCGGAGAUCAUCGGCCCGGAGGUGUACGAGCAGCUGGCACGCGGGCAGACCACGGCCCAGCAGGUGGGCAGCCUGGACUCGGUGCAGCGCUACCUGCAGGGCACGGGCUGCAUCGCCGGCCUGCUGCUGCCCGGCUCCCAGGAGCGGCUCAGCAUCGACGAGGCGCAGAGGAAGGGGCUGCUCAGGCCCGGCACGGCCCUCAUCCUGCUGGAGGCGCAGGCCGCCACCGGCUUCAUCGUCGACCCCAAGGAGAACAAGAGGUACUCCGUGCAGGAGGCGCUGAGGGCCGGCGUCAUCGGGCCCAGCGUGUUCGCCAAGCUGCUGUCGGCCGAGCGGGCCGUCACCGGCUACACCGACCCCUACACCGGGGAGCAGAUCUCCCUCUUCCAGGCCAUGCAGAAGGAGCUGAUCGUCCGGGACCACGGCAUCCGCCUGCUGGAGGCCCAGAUCGCCACGGGCGGCAUCAUCGACCCCGUGCACAGCCACCGCGUGCCCGUGGAGGUGGCCUACCAGCGCGGCUACUUCGACGAGGCGAUGAGCCUGGUCCUGGCCGACCCGAGCGACGACACCAAGGGCUUCUUCGACCCGAACACGCACGAGAACCUCACCUACAUGCAGCUGCUGGAGCGCUGCGAGCGCGACCCCGAGACCGGCCUGUUCCUGCUGCCGCUCAGCAGUGCCCAGCCCCCGCUGGUGGACGCGGCCACCCGGCGGGCCUUCCAGAACCUGCUGCUGCCGGGGAAGUACGGGCGGUUCCGGGGGCGGCGGGUGUCGGCCUGGGAGCUGCUCAACUCCGAGUGCUUCAGCGAGGCGCGGCGGCGGCAGCUCCUGCUCAGCUUCCGGCGGCGCGAGGUCUCCCUGGAGCAGGUGGCCCAGCGGCUGCAGAGGGAGGCGGCCAGGUGUGCGGACGUCACGCUGCCCGCCCUGCGGGGCCGCGCCACCGCCUUCCAGCUCCUGGAGGCCCAGGUCAUCGACCAGGAGCUCCUGGACCAGCUGCUGGCGGGGACGCUCAGCCCCGAGGCCCUGCUCAGCAUGGACAGCGUCCGCGCGUCCCUGCGCGGCUCCGGCGCCGUGGGCGGGGUGCUGCUGCCGGCCUCCAACCGGAGACUCAGCCUCUACCAGGCCAUGAAGCAGCAGCUGCUGCGGCCCGGCGUGGCCCUGGCCCUGCUGGAGGCCCAGGCGGCCACCGGAGCCCUGACCGACCCCGAGAGCCCGGAGGCCCUGUCGGUGGAGGAGGCCGUGCGCAGGGAGCUGGUGGGGCCGGAGCUGUACGCCCGGCUGCGGCGGGCCGAGGGCGCCCUGACCGGCUUCCGAGACCCCUUUUCCGGGGAGCGGGUGUCCCUGUUCCAGGCCAUGAAGAAGGGCCUCGUCCGGGAGGAGCAGGCCGCCCGCCUCCUGGAGGCCCAGCUGGCCACGGGAGGGGUCAUCGACCCCACGGGCCACUUCCACCUCCCCCCGCCCGUGGCCGCCGAGCGUGGCUGCAUCGACCGGGAGACGGAGGCGGCCUUGUCCAGCUCCCCGGAGACCUUCCCCGCGCCCGACGGCCGGGGCCGCACCAGCUACGCCCAGCUCCUGGGGCGGUGUCGGAAGGACGAGGCGUCCGGCCUCUACCUGCUGCCCCUGCAGGAAGGUGCGCCCGCCGGGCCCUCCGACCAGCAGCUGCGGGAGACCCUGCAGGCCACGCCGGGCGCGGAGGACGGCGCGUCGCUCUGGGAGCUGCUGGCCUCCUGCCACUUCACGGAGGAGCAGCGGCGGGGCUUCCUGGAGGACGUGCAGGCGGGCAGGACCACGGUGCAGCAGCUGCAGGCGGCCGUGCGGGGCUGGGUGCAGGCCGCCACGCUCCUGGCGCGGGCCCGGGUCACCCUGCCCGGCCCUCGGGGCGAGGUCCCCGCGGUCUGGCUGCUGGACGCGGGCAUCAUCACUCAGGAGACCCUGGCGGCGCUGACCCAGGGCACGCGGUCGCCCGCCGAGGUGGCCGAGGAGCCCGCGGUCAAGGCCUGCCUGUGGGGCACGGGCGGCGUGGCCGGCGUGCUGCUGCAGCCCUCGGGGACCAAGGCCAGCGUCGCCCGGGCCAUGCAGGACGGCCUGCUGCCCCCCGGCCUGGGGCGGAGCCUUCUGGAGGCCCAGGCCGCGUGCGGCUCCCUGGUGGACCCUCUGGCCAACCAGAGGCUGUCCGUGGAAGCCGCGGUCAAGGCCGGGCUGGUGGGCGGGGCGCUGAGCGAGCAGCUCCGGCAGGCGGAGCGGGCCGUGGCCGGCUACACGGACCCCUUCUCCGGGAGCCCCCUCUCGCUCUGGCAGGCCAUGGAGAAGGGGCUCGUGCCCCGGCGGGAGGGCCUGCCCCUCCUGCAGGCCCAGCUGGCCACGGGGGGCGCCGUGGACCCCGCCCACGGGGUGCGCCUGCCCCCGGCGGCAGCCUGCCGGCUGGGCCUCCUGGACGAGCGGACGCUCCAGGCGCUGACCGGGCCGGACGAGGACAGCAAGUUCUUCUACGACCCCGGCAGGCGGGACCGGGUGACCUACCAGCAGCUGAGGGAGCGCUGCGUCCUGGACGCGGACACCGGCCUGUGGCUGCUGCCCCUCCCCCAGGACGUGGCCCUGGAGGUGGACCACCACACGGCCGUGGCGCUGAGGGCCAUGAAGGUGCCCGUCGCGGCCGGGAGGUUCAAGGGACUCACCGUUUCGCUCUGGGACCUGCUGCACUCGGAGUACGUGGGCGCCGAGAAGCGGCGGGAGCUGGCGGCGCUGUGCCAGUCGGGGCGCGCCACGGCCCUGCGGCAGGUGGUGCAGGCCCUCACCGCCCUGGUCGAGGCCGCGGAGACCCGGCCCGCGCAGGCCGUCUUCCGGGGGCUGCGCAAGCAGGUGUCGGCCGGCGACCUGUUCCGGUCCCAGGUGAUCGACAGGAAGACCCUGGACGAGCUGAGCCAGGGCACGAGGACGGCGCAGGAGGUGGCCGCCACGGACCGCGUGAAGACGUUCCUGGAGGGGGGCAACUUCAUCGCCGGGGUCCUGGUCCAGGCCACCCAGGAGCGGAUGAGCAUCUCGGACGCGCUGGGCCGGGGCCUCCUGCGGCCGGGCACGGCCCUGGUGCUGCUGGAGGCCCAGGCGGCCACCGGCUUCCUCAUCGACCCCACGGAGAACCGGAGGCUGACGGUGGAGGAGGCCUUCGGGGCGGGGAUGUUCGGCAAGGAAACCUACCAGAAGCUGCUGUCGGCCGAGCGGGCCGUCACCGGCUACACCGACCCCUACACCGGGGAGCAGAUCUCCCUCUUCCAGGCCAUGCAGAAGGAGCUGAUCGUCCGGGACCACGGCAUCCGCCUGCUGGAGGCCCAGAUCGCCACGGGCGGCAUCAUCGACCCCGUGCACAGCCACCGCGUGCCCGUGGAGGUGGCCUACCAGCGCGGCUACUUCGACGAGGCGAUGAGCCGCGUGCUGGCCGACCCGAGCGACGACACCAAGGGCUUCUUCGACCCCAACACGCACGAGAACCUCACGUACCUGCAGCUGCUGGAGCGCUGCGUGCGCGACCCCGAGACCGGCCUGUUCCUGCUGCAGAUCGUCAAGAAAGGGGAGGCGUACGCGUACGUGGACGAGGCCACCAGGCAGGCUCUGCGGGCGCAGACCGUGACCAUGCGGGUCGGCAGGUUCGCCGGGCGGAGCGUCUCCCUCUGGGACCUGCUGUCGUCUCAGUACUUCUCGGAGGCGCGGCGGCGGGAGCUGGCCCGGCAGUGGCGCGCCGGGGCCCUGAACCUGCAGCGGCUGCUGAGCGUCGUCACGGCCGUCGUGGAGGAGACCGAGGAGCAGCACCAGGCGGUCAGGGUGGCCGGGAUCGGCGGGGAGGUGACGGCCGCGGAGCUGUUCAACGCCGGCGUCAUCGACAAAAAGACGCUGGACUCGCGGCCGGGGGCCCAGGCCCUCUUGGCGCUGCCGCACGUGAAGGUCGCCCUGGAGGGCAGCGGCUGCAUCGCCGGGGUGACCGACCCCUCCACGCAGGAGGUGCUGAGCCUCUACGAGGCCAGCGCGCGGGGCCUCGUCCCCACGGGGUUCGCGGCCCAGCUGCUGGAGGCGCAGGCGGCCACGGGGUUCCUGCUGGACCCGCGCGGCCGCCGGAGGCUCGCGGUGGACGAGGCCGUGGCCGCCGGCCUGGUGGGUGAGGAGCUACGGGAAAGGCUGCUGGACGCUGAGAAGGCCGCCAAAGGCUACGCCGACCCAGACACGGGGGACACGGUCCCGCUGUCCCAGGCCAUGGACAGGAAGCUGGUCAAGCGGGAGGAGGGGCUCCGGCUGCUGGAAGUGCAGGUGGCCACGGGCGGGGUCAUCGACCCGCGGCACCACCUCCGGCUCCCGCUGGCCACGGCCUACGAGCGCGGCUGUCUGCGCCGAGACACCUACGCCCUCGUGUCUGACCAGAAGCACAUGAACAAGAGGUUCGUGGACCCCAACACCCACGAGAAGGUGACGUACCAGGAGCUUCAGGGGCGGAGCCGCCAGGAAGAGGGGGCGGGCUGGGCUCUGCUCCCCGUGAUCCGCGACGGGAAGGACGCCGCGUACAUCGACGAGGCCACGAGAAGGGCCCUGGAGGGCGAGCUGGUGGACGUCCCGGUGGGCAGGUACCGGGGACAGCGGCCGUCCGUGUGGGAGCUGCUGAACUCCGAGUACGUCACGGAGGAGGAGAAGCUGGAGCUGGUGGGAAAUUACAGACGCGACACGGCGAAGGCGCUGGGCACGGUGGUGCAGACCAUCUCCGCGAUGAUCGACGAGAAGGAGAGGAGCGCGAGGCAGCUGUGGUUCCGGGGCAUCAGGAGGCACAUCACGGCCAACGAGCUCUUCCAGGCGUCCAUCAUCACCCGGCAGACGCUGCAGCAGCUGGAGGCGGGACGCAGCACCGUGGAGGACGUGGGCCGGGACGCCGGCGUGAGGCGCUACCUGGAGGGCACGAGCUGCAUCGCGGGGGUGCUGGUGCCCGCCAGGGACGAGCCCGGGCGGAGGGAGAAGAUGAGCGUCUACCAGGCCAUGUGGAAGGGCCACCUGCGGCCGGGCACGGCCCUCGUGCUGCUGGAGGCCCAGGCGGCCACCGGCUUCCUCGUCGACCCCGUGCGCAACCGGCGGCUGUCCGUGGACGAGGCCGUGGCCGCGGGCCUGGUGGGCGGCGAGAUCCGGGACAAGCUGCUGUCGGCCGAGCGGGCCGUCACCGGCUACACCGACCCCUACACCGGGGAGCAGAUCUCCCUCUUCCAGGCCAUGCAGAAGGAGCUGAUCGUCCGGGACCACGGCAUCCGCCUGCUGGAGGCCCAGAUCGCCACGGGCGGCAUCAUCGACCCCGUGCACAGCCACCGCGUGCCCGUGGAGGUGGCCUACCAGCGCGGCUACUUCGACGAGGCGAUGAGCCGCGUGCUGGCCGACCCGAGCGACGACACCAAGGGCUUCUUCGACCCCAACACGCACGAGAACCUCACCUACAUGCAGCUGCUGCGUCGCUGCGUGCGCGACCCCGACACGGGUCUCUACAUGCUGCAGCUGGCCGGCCAGGGCUCCGUCGUGCGCCAGCUCAGCGAGGAGCUGCGCCGCGCCCUGCACGACGUCCGCGUGACGCUGCCCCCGGGCGCGGGCGGCACCCAGGCCCGGGACGUCGCCGUGUGGGAGCUGCUCUUCUACCGGGAGGUGUCCGAGAGCCUGCGGCAGGACCUGCUGGUCAGGUACCGGGCGGGCACGCUGACCGCGCAGGAGCUGGGCGCCUCGCUCACCGCGCUGCUGGCCGGGGCCCAGGAAGGGGGCCCGCACGCGGCCCCGGCCGACCCUCGGCGGGCCCUGAGCGCGGCCACCAUGGAGGUGAAGGUGGGCCGCCUGCGGGGCCCGGCCGUGCCCGUGUGGGACGUGCUGGAGUCCGAAUACGUGAGCGCCGUCAGCAGGGAGCAGCUGCUGGCCCAGUUCCGCGCGGGGAGGCUGGGCCUGCCCGCGCUGACCCGCCGGCUGACCACCAUCAUCGAGGAGGCCGAGGGGCCCCCGGGCCCUGAGCUCCUGCAAGGCGAACCCCAGGCCGACCCCCAGGCCGCCAGGCGCCUCCAGGAGAUGGCUCUGCGUGCGGCCACCAUGGAGGUGCACGCGGGGCGGUUCCGCGGGCAGCCCGUGUCCGUGUGGGACGUCCUCGCCUCCUCCUACCUGAGCCAGGCCCGCCGGGAGGAGCUGCUGGCCCAGCACGCCGCCGGCACCCUGGCCCUGCCGGGCCUCGUGGCCAUCCUCACCCAGGUCGUCACGGAGACGGAGGAGCGGCUCAGCAAGCUGUCCUUCCCGGGCCUGAGGCGCCAGGUGACCGCGUCCCAGCUGGGCGUGUCCCGGGUCCUGGACCCCGAGACCCUGCAGGGCCUGGCCCAGGGCACCAGGAGCCCCCAGGAGGUGAUGCAGAUGGACUCGGUCAAGCGCUACCUGGAGGGCACGAGCUGCAUCGCGGGGGUGCUGGUGCCCGCCAGGGACGAGCCCGGGCGGAGGGAGAAGAUGAGCGUCUACCAGGCCAUGUGGAAGGGCCACCUGCGGCCGGGCACGGCCCUGGUGCUGCUGGAGGCCCAGGCGGCCACCGGCUUCCUCGUCGACCCCGUGCGCAACCGGCGGCUGUCCGUGGACGAGGCCGUGGCCGCGGGCCUGGUGGGCGGCGAGAUCCGGGACAAGCUGCUGUCGGCCGAGCGGGCCGUCACCGGCUACACCGACCCCUACACCGGGGAGCAGAUCUCCCUCUUCCAGGCCAUGCAGAAGGAGCUGAUCGUCCGGGACCACGGCAUCCGCCUGCUGGAGGCCCAGAUCGCCACGGGCGGCAUCAUCGACCCCGUGCACAGCCACCGCGUGCCCGUGGAGGUGGCCUACCAGCGCGGCUACUUCGACGAGGCGAUGAGCCGCGUGCUGGCCGACCCGAGCGACGACACCAAGGGCUUCUUCGACCCCAACACGCACGAGAACCUCACCUACAUGCAGCUGCUGCGUCGCUGCGUGCGCGACCCCGACACGGGUCUCUACAUGCUGCAGCUGGCCGGCCAGGGCUCCGUCGUGCGCCAGCUCAGCGAGGAGCUGCGCCGCGCCCUGCACGACGUCCGUGUGACGCUGCCCCCGGGCGCGGGCGGCACCCGGGCCCGGGACGUCGCGGUGUGGGAGCUGCUCUUCUACCGGGAGGUGUCCGAGAGCCUGCGGCAGGACCUGCUGGUCAGGUACCGGGCGGGCACGCUGACCGCGCAGGAGCUGGGCGCCUCGCUCACCGCGCUGCUGGUCGGGGCCCAGGAAGGGGGCCCGCACGCGGCCCCGGCCGACCCUCGGCGGGCCCUGAGCGCGGCCACCAUGGAGGUGAAGGUGGGCCGCCUGCGGGGCCCGGCCGUGCCCGUGUGGGACGUGCUGGAGUCCGACUACGUGAGCGCCAUCAGCAGGGAGCAGCUGCUGGCCCAGUUCCGCGCGGGGAGGCUGGGCCUGCCCGCGCUGACCCGCCGGCUGACCACCAUCAUCGAGGAGGCCGAGGGGCCCCCGGGCCCUGAGCUCCUGCAAGGCGAACCCCAGGCCGACCCCCAGGCCGACCCCCAGGCCGCCAGGCGCCUCCAGGAGAUGGCUCUGCGUGCGGCCACCAUGGAGGUGCACGCGGGGCGGUUCCGCGGGCAGCCGGUGUCCGUGUGGGACGUCCUCGCCUCCUCCUACCUGAGCCAGGCCCGCCGGGAGGAGCUGCUGGCCCAGCACGCCGCCGGCACCCUGGCCCUGCCGGGCCUCGUGGCCAUCCUCACCCAGGUCGUCACGGAGACGGAGGAGCGGCUCAGCAAGCUGUCCUUCCCGGGCCUGAGGCGCCAGGUGACCGCGUCCCAGCUGGGCGUGUCCCGGGUCCUGGACCCCGAGACCCUGCAGGGCCUGGCCCAGGGCACCAGGAGCCCCCAGGAGGUGAUGCAGAUGGACUCGGUCAAGCGCUACCUGGAGGGCACGAGCUGCAUCGCGGGGGUGCUGGUGCCCGCCAGGGACGAGCCCGGGCGGAGGGAGAAGAUGAGCGUCUACCAGGCCAUGUGGAAGGGCCACCUGCGGCCGGGCACGGCCCUGGUGCUGCUGGAGGCCCAGGCGGCCACCGGCUUCCUCGUCGACCCCGUGCGCAACCGGCGGCUGUCCGUGGACGAGGCCGUGGCCGCGGGCCUGGUGGGCGGCGAGAUCCGGGACAAGCUGCUGUCGGCCGAGCGGGCCGUCACCGGCUACACCGACCCCUACACCGGGGAGCAGAUCUCCCUCUUCCAGGCCAUGCAGAAGGAGCUGAUCGUCCGGGACCACGGCAUCCGCCUGCUGGAGGCCCAGAUCGCCACGGGCGGCAUCAUCGACCCCGUGCACAGCCACCGCGUGCCCGUGGAGGUGGCCUACCAGCGCGGCUACUUCGACGAGGCGAUGAGCCGCGUGCUGGCCGACCCGAGCGACGACACCAAGGGCUUCUUCGACCCCAACACGCACGAGAACCUCACGUACAUGCAGCUGCUGCGUCGCUGCGUGCGCGACCCCGACACGGGUCUCUACAUGCUGCAGCUGGCCGGCCAGGGCUCCGUCGUGCGCCAGCUCAGCGAGGAGCUGCGCCGCGCCCUGCACGACGUCCGCGUGACGCUGCCCCCGGGCGCGGGCGGCACCCAGGCCCGGGACGUCGCCGUGUGGGAGCUGCUCUUCUACCGGGAGGUGUCCGAGAGCCUGCGGCAGGACCUGCUGGUCAGGUACCGGGCGGGCACGCUGACCGCGCAGGAGCUGGGCGCCUCGCUCACCGCGCUGCUGGCCGGGGCCCAGGAAGGGGGCCCGCACGCGGCCCCGGCCGACCCUCGGCGGGCCCUGAGCGCGGCCACCAUGGAGGUGAAGGUGGGCCGCCUGCGGGGCCCGGCCGUGCCCGUGUGGGACGUGCUGGAGUCCGAAUACGUGAGCGCCGUCAGCAGGGAGCAGCUGCUGGCCCAGUUCCGCGCGGGGAGGCUGGGCCUGCCCGCGCUGACCCGCCGGCUGACCACCAUCAUCGAGGAGGCCGAGGGGCCCCCGGGCCCUGAGCUCCUGCAAGGCGAACCCCAGCCCGACCCCCAGGCCGACCCCCAGGCCGCCAGGCGCCUCCAGGAGAUGGCUCUGCGUGCGGCCACCAUGGAGGUGCACGCGGGGCGGUUCCGCGGGCAGCCGGUGUCCGUGUGGGACGUCCUCGCCUCCUCCUACCUGAGCCAGGCCCGCCGGGAGGAGCUGCUGGCCCAGCACGCCGCCGGCACCCUGGCCCUGCCGGGCCUCGUGGCCAUCCUCACCCAGGUCGUCACGGAGACGGAGGAGCGGCUCAGCAAGCUGUCCUUCCCGGGCCUGAGGCGCCAGGUGACCGCGUCCCAGCUGGGCGUGUCCCGGGUCCUGGACCCCGAGACCCUGCAGGGCCUGGCCCAGGGCACCAGGAGCCCCCAGGAGGUGAUGCAGAUGGACUCGGUCAAGCGCUACCUGGAGGGCACGAGCUGCAUCGCGGGGGUGCUGGUGCCCGCCAGGGACGAGCCCGGGCGGAGGGAGAAGAUGAGCGUCUACCAGGCCAUGUGGAAGGGCCACCUGCGGCCGGGCACGGCCCUGGUGCUGCUGGAGGCCCAGGCGGCCACCGGCUUCCUCGUCGACCCCGUGCGCAACCGGCGGCUGUCCGUGGACGAGGCCGUGGCCGCGGGCCUGGUGGGCGGCGAGAUCCGGGACAAGCUGCUGUCGGCCGAGCGGGCCGUCACCGGCUACACCGACCCCUACACCGGGGAGCAGAUCUCCCUCUUCCAGGCCAUGCAGAAGGAGCUGAUCGUCCGGGACCACGGCAUCCGCCUGCUGGAGGCGCAGAUCGCCACGGGCGGCAUCAUCGACCCCGUGCACAGCCACCGCGUGCCCGUGGAGGUGGCCUACCAGCGCGGCUACUUCGACGAGGCGAUGAGCCGCGUGCUGGCCGACCCGAGCGACGACACCAAGGGCUUCUUCGACCCCAACACGCACGAGAACCUCACCUACAUGCAGCUGCUGCGUCGCUGCGUGCGCGACCCCGACACGGGUCUCUACAUGCUGCAGCUGGCCGGCCAGGGCUCCGUCGUGCGCCAGCUCAGCGAGGAGCUGCGCCGCGCCCUGCACGACGUCCGCGUGACGCUGCCCCCGGGCGCGGGCGGCACCCAGGCCCGGGACGUCGCCGUGUGGGAGCUGCUCUUCUACCGGGAGGUGUCCGAGAGCCUGCGGCAGGACCUGCUGGUCAGGUACCGGGCGGGCACGCUGACCGCGCAGGAGCUGGGCGCCUCGCUCACCGCGCUGCUGGCCGGGGCCCAGGAAGGGGGCCCGCACGCGGCCCCGGCCGACCCUCGGCGGGCCCUGAGCGCGGCCACCAUGGAGGUGAAGGUGGGCCGCCUGCGGGGCCCGGCCGUGCCCGUGUGGGACGUGCUGGAGUCCGACUACGUGAGCGCCGUCAGCAGGGAGCAGCUGCUGGCCCAGUUCCGCGCGGGGAGGCUGGGCCUGCCCGCGCUGACCCGCCGGCUGACCACCAUCAUCGAGGAGGCCGAGGGGCCCCCGGGCCCUGAGCACCAGCAAGGCGAACCCCAGCCCGACCCCCAGGCCGACCCCCAGGCCGCCAGGCGCCUCCAGGAGAUGGCUCUGCGUGCGGCCACCAUGGAGGUGCACGCGGGGCGGUUCCGCGGGCAGCCGGUGUCCGUGUGGGACGUCCUCGCCUCCUCCUACCUGAGCCAGGCCCGCCGGGAGGAGCUGCUGGCCCAGCACGCCGCCGGCACCCUGGCCCUGCCGGGCCUCGUGGCCAUCCUCACCCAGGUCGUCACGGAGACGGAGGAGCGGCUCAGCAAGCUGUCCUUCCCGGGCCUGAGGCGCCAGGUGACCGCGUCCCAGCUGGGCGUGUCCCGGGUCCUGGACCCCGAGACCCUGCAGGGCCUGGCCCAGGGCACCAGGAGCCCCCAGGAGGUGAUGCAGAUGGACUCGGUCAAGCGCUACCUGGAGGGCACGAGCUGCAUCGCGGGGGUGCUGGUGCCCGCCAGGGACGAGCCCGGGCGGAGGGAGAAGAUGAGCGUCUACCAGGCCAUGUGGAAGGGCCACCUGCGGCCGGGCACGGCCCUCGUGCUGCUGGAGGCCCAGGCGGCCACCGGCUUCCUCGUCGACCCCGUGCGCAAUCUGCGGCUGUCCGUGGACGAGGCCGUGGCCGCGGGCCUGGUGGGCGGCGAGAUCCGGGACAAGCUGCUGUCGGCCGAGCGGGCCGUCACCGGCUACACCGACCCCUACACCGGGGAGCAGAUCUCCCUCUUCCAGGCCAUGCAGAAGGAGCUGAUCGUCCGGGACCACGGCAUCCGCCUGCUGGAGGCCCAGAUCGCCACGGGCGGCAUCAUCGACCCCGUGCACAGCCACCGCGUGCCCGUGGAGGUGGCCUACCAGCGCGGCUACUUCGACGAGGCGAUGAGCCGCGUGCUGGCCGACCCGAGCGACGACACCAAGGGCUUCUUCGACCCCAACACGCACGAGAACCUCACGUACAUGCAGCUGCUGCAGAAGGCUACUCUGGACCCUGAAACCGGCCUGUUGUUUCUUUCUCUGUCUUGAGAGUGAAUGGACUCUAUGUGGUGGAAUGUUAACUCUCAAAAAUACCCUACUCUGUUCUUCAAGAUUUUAAAAUAGUUUUUAAUGAGGUUUCACUUAGUUUUUUAAAUAAAUAAAUAAGGAUAUAUAUAUAUUUUUUAUUUAAUAGAGAGAGGAGAGGGAUAGUGAGAUAGAAACAUGGAUGAGAGAGAAACAUGGGUCGGCUGCCUCCAGCGAGCCCCCUCCUGGGGACGGAGGGGCACCCCUGGACCCGGGAGCCACGCUGGCUGGGUAGCGCAGUGUUAAAUCCCUCUGGUUACAUUGUUUACUUCCCGUUGGCCUCCGGUGUCUGUAUUUUUCCUUUGCACGGAGAGAGGCCUGUUCCCUGGCCACGUCCACCCCGGCGAACCCGGUGUUCUCCCUGGUGGUUCUGUUUUUAUUUCUCGGAAUAUUGGCAGGUGGCCACCCUGAUAGGCUCCGCCGCGCUGGGAACAAAGGACUCUUUUCUUCUUCCUGGAUCCUCAGCCUGCCGCCCUGAGGUGUUGGCAUCACUUUGUGUUUUCUGAUUUUUAUUAAAAGCAUUUCUUUCCAUU